AUUUCCACCUUUAAGGUUUACUUUUAGAUACUUUGUGCUCCUUAUAUAUGUUCUUGCGGAACAAAAAGACACUUUCACAGUCGCUCUCCUUCUCAACAUGUCGAAGCAAACAUACAGAGUGUGCUUGUGUUUCCGGCGACAGUUCAAACUCCGGGAGGGUGGACCUCCGGUAGACAUCAAGGAACUGUUCAGUCAUUAUUCUGAGAAUCGGGUGAUGACUCCGGAGCAUUUGCACCGGUUCAUGGUGGAGGUACAAGGAGAUGAUAAGGCGACUAAGGAGGAGGCGGAGGCUGCCGUGGAUGCCAUCAUCAAAGAGCUGAAACACCAUCCAAUCUUUCACCGGAGAGUUCUGAAUCUUGACGCCUUCUUCCGGUACCUUUUCAGUGACUUGAAUCCUCCUCUACCUUUUCCUCCCAAGGUGAUGAAUGACAUGGAGGCUCCAUUGUCGCAUUAUUUUGUAUACACAGGCCACAAUUCAUAUCUAACCGGGAACCAAAUAAGCAGCAAUUGUAGCGUUGUGCCGAUCAUUGAAGCCCUAAAAAGAGGUGUUCGUGUCAUUGAACUUGACAUGUGGCCCAAUUCCACUAAAGAUGAUAUCGACAUCGUCCAUGGAGGGACGCUAACAUCACCUGUCAAAUUAAAUCAAUGCUUGGAAGCCAUCAAGACAUAUGCAUUCGUGGCUUCCGAAUAUCCUCUCAUCCUCACUCUCGAAGAUCACCUUACUCCUCUUCUUCAAGCCAAAGUUGCGAAGAUGGUGAUUGAAACAUUCGGAGAUGUCCUAUAUUACUCAGGAUCCGACACUAUAACAGAAUAUCCAUCCCCGGAAUCCUUAAAAAAACGGAUCAUCGUCUCAACAAAACCACCAAAGGAGUAUCUCGACAAGACCAAUAGCAUGGAAAAAAAUGAUGAAGAGAGCUCAGUCAAGAUGAAAACCUCACCUGAUGAUGAUCCAUGGGGUGUAGAAAUAUGCAACCCUAUCGAAAAACACAAAUCCUUAAAUGAGGAUCAAGUUGACGAAAGUUUUCAAUACGAAGAGGAGACUGUAAAACAGAAUACAGAGCUGGAGUACAAGCAACUAAUAGCAAUCCAAGCAAGAAAACUUAAAGGAGGAGUCAAAGAUUGGCUACAUGAUGAUCCUACAGCAGUUAUGCGGAUUAGCCUGAGAGAAACACGUCUUGAAAAGGCCGUUGAGAAUCAUGCGACAGAUGUCAUAAGGUUUACUCAGAGGAACUUGUUGAGGGUGUUUCCGAAAGGAUCACGAGUUGACUCAUCAAACUACAAUCCAUUGGUUGGUUGGUGUCAUGGAGCUCAAAUGGUUGCAUUCAACAUGCAGACCCAUGGAAGGUUUCUGUGGUUAAUGCAAGGAAUGUUCAGAGCCAAUGGAGGUUGUGGGUAUGUGAAAAAACCAGAUUUAUUGCUUAAAAAUGGCCCCGAUGACAAGGUUUUCGAUCCUAAAAUUCCACUUCCUGUGAAAAAGACUCUCAAGGUGAAAGUCUAUAUGGGUGAUGGGUGGCAUUUGGAUUUCAAAAGAACACAUUUUGACAUAUAUUCGCCUCCAGAUUUCUAUGUCAAGGUUGGAAUUGCGGGAGUUGAAACGGAUUCAGUAAUGAAGAAAACCAAAAUCAUACAGGAUGAUUGGACACCAAAAUGGGAAGACGAAUUUCAGUUCCCAUUAACAGUUCCUGAGCUUGCAUUACUUCGUAUCGAGGUGCAUGAAUAUGACAAGACUGAAAAGGAUGACUUCGGUGGUCAAACUUGUCUUCCGGUGUUUGAAUUAAGGACAGGGAUUCGAGCAGUACCCCUUCAUGAUCACAAGGGUGAUAAAUACAACUCAGUGAAACUACUUAUGCGUUUUGAGUUUGUAUAAGUUAUAAUAAACUUUGAUUUGUUUUUUAUUGUACGGUUAAAUGUGUGUAUUUUUGAAUGUCCAACAAAGGAAAUAAAAAUGUUGGUAUCUGUUGUGGAUGACAUUCAAAA